ACCCACCGCGUCCCUAGAAUGAAUUCUCACUUCAAUGCGGACAGAAGCAACAACCUCAUUUUAUUACGCUCCUCACACCACUUUCCAGUUUCCACUCCACGAGCAGAGACCACAGUCCACACUCCACACAGCUCACUGGAAGCAUGUAAGUGUAAGCUGGAGAGUGGAGUGUACAUAAGCAACAGAGCUUGAUCUGCCCCCAAAUCCAAGCUUUGCUCCACAAAAGCUUCCUUGCAUAUCUAUCUUUCUAUCAAAUUAUUCUUGGCACUUCUCCAUGGAUUUUAGCAAGGCAAGAUGGAGUGUUCAGGCGUUGUCCCUGGUGGCUGUUCUUCUCCAAGCAAGCUUCUCUGCUUGCGCGCCAACUCCCAAGACUUACAUCAUUCAGAUGGCGGCGUCUGAGAUGCCGAGCUCGUUCGAUUUUUAUCAUGAGUGGUACGCUUCGACGAUGAAGUCAGUGAGCUCUUCGCAGCUAGAAGACGAAGAGGAUGAUGCUUCCACGAGGAUCAUCUACAACUACGAGACGGCCUUCAAUGGCUUCGCGGCCCGGCUCGACGACGAGGAGGCCGAGCUGAUGGCCGAGGCGGAUGGCGUGUUGGCCGUGACCCCGGAGACGGUCUUGCAGCUGCACACAACCAGGAGCCCGGACUUCCUCGGCAUUGGCCCGGAGGUCAGCAACAGGAUAUGGUCCGCCAGCCUCGCCGACCACGAUGUCAUUGUUGGCGUGCUCGACACCGGCAUAUGGCCGGAGAGCCCCAGCUUCAGCGACAAGGGCCUCGGCCCCGUGCCGGCCAAGUGGAAAGGCCUCUGCCAGACCGGCCGCGGCUUCACCACGGCGAACUGCAACCGCAAGAUCGUCGGGGCGCGCAUCUUCUACAACGGCUACGAGGCCUCGUCGGGGCCCAUCAAUGAGACGACCGAGCUCAAGUCCCCGCGCGACCAGGAUGGGCACGGCACGCACACCGCCGCCACCGCUGCGGGCUCGCCCGUACAGGACGCCAACCUGUUCGGCUACGCCGGCGGCGUCGCCCGCGGCAUGGCGCCCCGCGCCCGCGUCGCGGCCUACAAGGUGUGCUGGGCCGGCGGGUGCUUCAGCUCCGACAUCCUGGCGGCCGUCGAUCGCGCCGUGUCGGACGGUGUCGACGUGCUCUCCAUCUCCCUCGGGGGUGGCGCCUCCCGGUACUACCUCGACAGCUUGUCCAUAGCGUCGUUCGGGGCCAUGCAGAUGGGCGUGUUCGUCUCCUGCUCGGCCGGCAACGCCGGGCCAGACCCGAUAAGCCUCACCAACUUGUCGCCGUGGAUAACCACGGUGGGCGCGAGCACCAUGGACCGUGACUUCCCGGCCACGGUGACGCUUGGCAACGGCGCGAACAUCACCGGCGUCUCGCUUUACAAAGGUCUGAGAAAUCUUUCGCCUCAGGAGCAGUAUCCGGUGGUCUACUUGGGCGGCAACUCAAGCAUGCCGGACCCCAGGUCUCUCUGCCUCGAGGGGACGCUGCAGCCGCACGAUGUCUCCGGGAAGAUAGUGAUCUGCGACCGCGGCAUCAGUCCUCGGGUUCAGAAGGGUCAGGUUGUCAAGGAAGCCGGCGGCAUCGGCAUGAUACUUGCCAACACCGCAGCAAAUGGCGAGGAGCUGGUCGCCGACAGCCACCUCCUGCCAGCCGUGGCCGUCGGGGAGUCCGAAGGCAUUGCCGCCAAGAGCUACAGCAAGAGCGCCACGAAACCUACCGCGACGCUCAGCUUCGGAGGAACCAAGCUCGGCAUCCGGCCAUCGCCGGUGGUCGCCGCGUUCUCGUCACGGGGCCCGAACGUCCUGACUCUGGAGAUCCUCAAGCCGGACGUCGUCGCGCCCGGCGUGAACAUCCUGGCCGCAUGGAGCGGCGACGCCAGCCCGUCGAGCUUGCCCAGCGACAGCCGCCGCGUCGCGUUCAACAUCCUGUCGGGGACGUCCAUGUCGUGCCCGCACGUCGCCGGCGUGGCUGCCCUGAUCAAGGCGAACCACCCGGACUGGAGCCCCGCGCAGAUCAAGUCCGCGCUGAUGACCACCGCGUACGUGCACGACAACACGUACCGGCCGAUGAAGGACGCGGCGACCGGCAAGGCGUCGACGCCGUUCGAGCACGGUGCCGGGCACAUACACCCGGUGCGAGCUCUCAACCCUGGCCUAGUCUACGACAUUGGACAGGCCGACUACCUGGAGUUCCUCUGCACGCAGCGCAUGACACCGAUGCAGCUCAGGACCUUCACCAAGAACUCUAACAUGACAUGCAGGCACACCUUCAGUUCGGCCAGCGACCUCAACUAUCCGGCCAUCUCCGUCGUCUUCGAGGACCAGCCAUCCAAGCCGCUGACGGUGCGCCGCACCGUGACCAACGUUGGCACUCCGUCUUCGACAUACCAUGUCAAGGUCACAAAGUUCAAAGGCGCGGAUGUCGUCGUCGAACCCAACAUCCUGCACUUCACAAGCUCAAACCAGAAGCUUACCUAUAAGGUUACAAUGACAACCAAGGCAGCGCAGAAAGCACCCGAGUUCGGCGCCCUGUCCUGGAGCGACGGCGUCCACGUUGUCAGGAGCCCUGUCAUCCUAACAUGGCUGCCACCACAGUGAGCCCCCUGUUGUGUAGUUGCAUUAGACAAAUCAAGGAGCAGCAAGUCUGAUAUAUCAGUUGCAGAUCAGGCUAUCAGCAGCACAGGAGUUUAACUUACGGAAGAAAAACUCCACACCAAAACAAGCUUUAUUCCUCAGUGUAUCCCAUGCUUAUUCCAAUUGUUCAGUAGUUUGGUUGUUUCUACAUUA